GCACCGAUCCCGGAAGUGACGCAUCGCCCCUCUUCCAGGAAGAAGGGCAGCGGCGACCGUAGAGCUGCGUCAGUGACGGUUUACCAAGAACUAUUGCGUUUCGGAAUGGCACAUUUCCUUGAAAGUCCGUCAUCCAGUAGCGCUAUGGAAACGUCCAACUUUGCCCAUGUGAUCUUCCAAAACGUGGCGAAGGGCUACCUACCCCACGCUGCUCUCGAGUGCCAUUAUACUCUCACCCAGUACAUUAAGCCUCACCAGAAGGACUGGGUUGGCAUCUUUAAGGUUGGCUGGAGUACAGCUCGAGAUUACUAUACUUUCUUGUGGUCACCUCUUCCUGAAAACUAUGUAGAAGGAACCUCGGUUAACCGUGUGGUGGUAUUUCAAGGGUACUACGUUCCCAAUGAUGACGGAGAGUUUUACCAGUUCUGCUAUGUCACUCAUAAGGGUGAAAUUCGAGGAGCUAGCACCCCAUUCCAGUUCAGAGCCAGUUCCCCGACUGAUGACCUGCUGACCGUGGAAGAUGAGAACAAUUCUGACAUACUGGUAGUCACAACAAAGGCGGGCUUCCUAGAGCAAAAAAUUGAAGAAGCAACGAAAGAGAAAGAGGAGCUGCUGAAGGUGCUGUCUGUGACUCGGAAAGAUAAAGAGCAACUUCAGGAGCAGGCGGAGCAGCUGGAGAGGCUGUGUGAGCAGGCGCGGGAGUCCUUCGCCCAGCUGAGCAAGGAGUGCCAGGUAAGAGGGGCAGAUUUCACACGGGAACCUGCUAUUCGGGACAGAGUAAAAAAGUUAACACUAGAGAAAGAAAAUUUGGAGUCACAGCUGAAAAACGAAAAGGAUGAGAAAGAAUUGUACAAGGUUCACUUGAAGAAUACUGAGCUAGAAAACACAAAGCUCAGUGCAGAACUGCAAACACUAAAGUCUGUGGAUGUGAACAAGGAGAACAUGCUCACUCAGCUAAAGGAGGAGCUCGGUCAGCUGAAGAUUUGCCUCACAGAGAAAGAAAAGUUGCAGAGAGAAAUUCUCACAAACACAUCACCCAAGGAGGAGGCGGUGUCGCUGCGGGAGCAGCUCCGCAGGACCGAGGAGCAGCUUCAGGCAACCAAGCAGGAGGCGUCUAUGCUGGCGGCCGAGCUGAGGGACGUGUCGAGUGUUCGGGAUAAAACCAUGUCUGAGCUGUACAGGGCCCGGCUGGAGAUGGACUCUCUGAAGAAGAGCUUGGCAGGCGCCGAGGCGGAGCGCCAGCAGAAGGAGGAGCAGCUGCAGAGGCUCAGGGCCCCCUCUGCCGCUGGGCAGCCGGAGCAGGGAGGUGCAAAGGUCAGCAGCGUGGCUGAGCAGGAGCUGCUCAGGGAGGUAGAGGAUCUGAAGCUGAGGCUCCAGAUGGCUGCAGAGCAUUAUAAAGAGAAGUACAAGGAGUGCCAGAAGCUCCAGAAGCAAGUGGCAAGACUCACUGAGCAAGGGGAGUCAAAGAAGCCUACAGUGGUGUUUGGCACACAGCAAAUGGAAGCAGCUGCUGCAGAAAAUACACCUCCAGCCAGUCCAGCGUCAUCUGAAGUUGCUCUUGACGUGAUGGUUCAAGAGAAGCUCAAAGGAAUGAAUAAAGAAAUAAGUGAAAAAAGUGACAAAUACAGAAAAUGCAAACAGAUGCUGACUGAGGAGAAGGACAGAAGCAGUAUGUAUGCCGAUGAACUGGCCAAAGUGGAGAUGAAGCUAAAGGAGCAGCUGAAGCUUAACGAAACCUUGAGACUGCAGCUGGCAGCAGAAGAAGAUCGUUACCAGAGCCAAGUGGCUGAAAAGAGGCGCGAGCUGAAGGAGCUGAAGGACAGUCUGGCCCUGGCUCUCUCUGAGAAGAUGAAGCUCGUGGAGGAGCUCCAGAAGAGGCAGGAGUGCCGGGCAGACGCAGCCACUGGGAGCCCGAGCUCGGAGCCGGCGCAGCCCGGCGGGGAGCAGCAGGUGUUCCUGCAGUACCCCAUCCCCUACCCGCAGGAGCCCGGCCCAGCCCCACUUGUGCCCGUCCGGCCCCCCGAGCUGCAGUAUGGAAACCCUUAUGCCGCGCAGGCGCCCCGAGAUGGAGCAGAUGGUGAAUUUUCUCCUGACAAGAUCCACAGACCCCCACUAGGACCUCCCUCCUGGGACAGCAACGUGGUUUGCAUCCAGCCCGCACGCAACCUGAGCAGGCCUGAUGGACUAGAAGACCCAGAGGAGCUUAGCAAUAGCGAGGAUGUUGCAGAGAACAUGCAGUCGACUCCCCACGACUCUCACAGCUCCCUGCUCCGCGACAGCAGGGCUCGCUUCUGUUUCGAUUCCAGCAUUGAUGUCCAAAAGAGAUGCCCCCUGUGCGAAGUCAUAUUUCCUCCAAAUUAUGACCAGAGCAAGUUUGAGGAGCACGUUGAGAGCCAUUGGAAAGUGUGUCCUAUGUGCAAUGAACAGUUCCCCCUGGAUUGUAACCAGCAGGUGUUUGAGAGGCAUGUGAUGACUCACUUUGAUGGAAAUGUGAAUUUACAGUAAUUGUUCGGUUGUUUUUAGUUCAUAGGACAUAUUGUUUUCCAGAUUUACUGCGAGUACUAGCAAUACACAUUGACACUCUAAAAUAAUCACAAAAAGAGGUAAAUUGCAUACUCUAUCAAGCUUGUGUUGUCAUUACAGUGAAAAUAUAACUCACAACUGCAUGCAAGAUAUUAGGUUCACAUUUUUAGGAACAUGAGAUUAUUUUCUGUAAAUGCAGGAUAUCCCAUAUUUAGGAUCUGUUCAGUUCUAAGGCAGUACUGAGGUCAGAACAAGAAUGUCUCAAUGUCUUUAUCAGUGUGCUUGAUAUAGCGAACUAUAUGACUUUAACGGAGAUGGAGUCUUGGCUUUCCUUAGUGAUUGCUGAACCUUACCAAUUAUACAAUUCUCAUUUGUCUAGCUCAAAUGUGACUGGCCCACAGCCUGUGUUAAAUAUAAAAGUACUUGAUGUGGUUUACCCUUCUAUGACUUUGGCAUAUUUGAAGAGAGAAAUUUCUUUACUGAAGUCUGCACUGAACCAGACUGAACACUGUGAAGGACAAAGUCUUUUUAUUUCCUGUUUUCUGCAUUCUCCUAGGUAGAUUGCUCUAUGUAAGGAAUACAGUUGCUUUUCAUAGAAAUUUACUUUAGGGUUACUCUGUGGUUUCUGAAAAAUGUCAUAGUAAUGUUCACUUCAAUAAGUAAACUGGCUACCGAUGGCCAUUAAAUCAAUAUUUUUAGAGGAAAAUAAUUUGAGAAAUCCAGCUCAGUACUUAAUAAAUACAAAUAGAAUAAGCUGCUUUUGAUCUUUUAGUAUUGUUUGUUUCUGCUCACUUAAGUUAUUUCUGGCACUAGCCCUAAUAUAGGAACAUCUGCAUUCUUGGGCAUGUAGUUUUAUGUGGUUUACAAGCAUGUAUGAACUUUGAUUUAUAUGUUCUACUUGUCCUUUAAAUUUUUUUUCUUUAGUUAUUCAAAUGUUAGUGUGUAGUGAGAUUUCAACUAUUGGUUAUUGUUAUUAUUGGGAGUCCUGGAUUUUGUUCCCUCUGUAACUGCUAUUUCCAAAUAAAAUAUAUUUGGCUUCA